AUGAACUCGGUUGUUGCCUUUGACAGGGACACAAACAGUGCUGAAAUGGACAACCCAAACUUUCAGACACCUUCCUCUGGCCCGUCAACAAAACUCGACAAUGUUCAAGGCCAGGUGAAUGAGGUGAAAGUUAUUCUGAAAGACAACAUCAAAAAGGUUCUGGAGAGAGGGGACCGACUAGACGACCUCAUUGAAAAAACCGACGAUCUCCAAGCGACUGCUGAUUCCUUCCAAAGAACGUCUACUCGGGUUGCCAGGAAAUACUGGUGGAAAAACAUUAAGAUAAUGAUUAUAAUAGGGACACAGCGCCACGUGACGGACAGAUGCGGGAACUGCAGUGAUCAGAGUCAGACCUGCCUGACUCAACAGUCUAUGAACUCAACGAAUAAAUGA